CACCUCUUAAGCACCGUGUUAACCAGUUUUAAACCAUUUGAUAUAUUUCUAUUUCCAGAUAAAAACUUAUACUCAUCGAAACUCGUUUAGCGCUGCGAGAUUUCCCUUCUCGGCUAAUCGCGAGGGAAGGAAGAUUCGAUCUGAGCUUUCGCGUCUCUCUGAGUUUUUGUUUGGUAUUAAAAAGGAAACACUUUCCAUGGCUGGGAGCGAUCAAGUUAACCUUAUUGAGAGCAAGACAGUGGUUCCUCUCAAUACAUGGGUUUUGAUAUCCAACUUCAAGCUAGCCUACAAUCUCCUGCGUCGCCCUGAUGGAACGUUCAACCGUCACCUUGCUGAGUUUCUAGACCGUAAAGUCCCUGCAAACGCCAAUCCUGUUAAUGGGGUCUUCUCAUUCGAUGUUAUCAUGGAUCGCCAAACCAAUCUCCUUAGCCGGGUAUACAGACCGGCUUACGCUGGCGACCCACCGAGUUUUACUGAUCUUCAGAAGCCCGUUGAUGGUGAAGUAGCGCCUGUUAUUGUCUUCUUCCAUGGUGGAAGCUUUGUGCAUUCUUCUGCAAACAGUGCUAUCUAUGAUACCCUUUGCCGUAGGCUUGUUGGUCUGUGCGGUUCGGUUGUUGUCUCUGUGAACUAUCGACGUGCACCGGAGAAUCGUUACCCUUGUGCUUAUGAUGAUGGCUGGACUGCUCUGAACUGGGUCAACUCGAGAUCUUGGCUUAAAAGCAAGAAAGACUCAAAGGUUCAUAUCUUCUUGGCGGGUGACAGCUCUGGGGGUAACAUAGCACAUAACGUCGCGGUGAGAGCGGUUGAGUCAGGGAUUGAUGUUUUGGGGAACAUUUUGCUUAACCCUAUGUUUGGAGGAACAGAAAGAACAGAAUCUGAGACACGUUUGGAUGGGAAGUACUUUGUGACAGUCAGAGACCGUGAUUGGUAUUGGAGAGCGUUUCUUCCGGAGGGAGAAGACAGAGAGCAUCCAGCGUGUAGCCCGUUUGGUCCUAGAAGCAAGAGUUUAGAAGGUUUGAGUUUCCCCAAGAGUCUAGUCGUUGUAGCGGGUUUAGACUUGAUUCAAGAUUGGCAACUGAAGUAUGCAGAUGGGCUGAAGAAAGCUGGUCAAGAGGUGAAGCUUCUUUACUUGGAGCAAGCCACCAUUGGCUUCUACUUAUUGCCUAAUAACAAUCACUUUCAUACCGUUAUGGAGGAGAUAGCUGCGUUUGUUAACGCAGAAUGCCAAUGAAAACGCUAGUCUUUCACUAACAAACGGGUGAAACUCUACCAUGGAAGGUGAAGGCCCGAGAUUCUCGUUUUAGAAGGUCUUUGUAGUGAGUCUAAAGUAUGGCGUUUAACUACUACCACGGUGGUUGUGGUGGCGUGUCUGCGUUUGUGAACCGUGCGAAGCUGGAUUCUGAGAGCAAAGCAGUAAGAAGAACAGUGAAGCCGGUAAUGUUUGGCUUUUAGCGUUAGCGUUUAACUAAAACUACAGCUAUGUUUUUUUCAGCUUGCGGUUGAUGGUAACUCCGGUUAUGUUACUAUUAUGAUAUCUUCCGUAUAUAUAUCUUAUCUACAUAAAUAAACAACAUAUGUUUAUAAGUUGUUGCGACUUCAGAAAUGUAUUGUGUUUGCUUAAUCUGAAACUGAGAUCUUGUUUCCUUAGUGUAUUGAAUAAGAAAGUAUUCACUUAAAGAUAUAAAGAUAUAGUUCUCGC